CUCCCACAAUGCUUUGUAAUGUUUCUCCACUCGAGAAGUAAAGUAGGGAAAGAUAUGGCGGAAUUUUUAAGAAGACAAACAAUUUUUCAUGUUAUGAAAUCGUUUAUAUAGUUACUUGUUUCCCAUUUUGAAAGACUGUGCCAACAAAAAAUAAUAAUUUAAUACCGCAGAAUAUUAUUCAUAGAAAUAGACACAUAUUUGAGCCUCUAAUUGUGAUUAUUUUUACACUGACAGUAGCUUGCUGUAAAUGGCGAAACUUGUUGCUGUUUGCAGAAAUGAUAGUUAUGCAUUUGAGCGACGACAGAUCCCGUUAAUGAUCGAGGAGACGUUAACGAUGGUUAUGGAAAUUCCAGAAACUGUUAUAUCUGCUGAAUGUGUAAGCUCUGCUGACGUUGCACAAUUCAUAAAGCGGUAUAGUUGCUUGACACACAGUGAAAUGAAUGCUGCAUUAAUGGUUGGACAGAAAGAAUUGUUUGCUCUCUUGUCUAUUUCAGUUCCUUGCGUUGGAUGUCGAAGAAGUGUCGAAAGACUCUACAAUCAGUUUUGGGAGUCUGGACAGCCAGCAAUUGAACCUUUAAUCAUAACAGCUUCUGGAGUGUUAACAUUGAGUGAGAGUUUUUUGGUGGAUGCUAAAUUGAUAUAUGCUUUGUUUUAUAUACAUGGAUCACAUUUAAAUGAUAUAGUAGAUACGAUUCCAAAAAGUAGAAGAAACAGACGUUGUAUACUUCAUUCACUUGAAACUCACAAAUCCAGGGCAUCUGGGAAUUGGAUGGACGUUUGGGACCUGUUAUCUCAAGAUUGCAGAGAUGAAGUAGUUCUGAUAGACUCUGAGUCUUUACUGGACACACUGGAAAGCUAUCUCAGAAAGCACAGAUUUUGUUCUGAGUGCAAGUCAAAAGUAUUAAAAGCUUACAGUAUAUUGACUGGUGAUGUAGAUGGUGAUGCUGAAAAGGGGUACUGUGCUGGAUUAUAUGAAGGAUUGAAGAGCUGUCCGAAGGAGAGACAUGUGCAUGUUGUUUGUGAUACUGAUUUUAUUGCUCAUCUGAUUGGAAGAGCUGAACCGGAACUGGCUGGCGGUCGUAGAGAGAGACAUGCAAGAACUAUAGACAUUGCACAAGAGGAGGUACUUACUUGUCUUGGUAUACACUUAUGGGAAAGACUGCACAGACUUUGGCAAAAACUACGAGCAGAGGAACAAACCUGGCAGAUGUUAUUUUAUCUUGGCGUUGAAGCACUGAGAAAAGGUUUCGAGACGGCUGUGGAGGAAAAACAAGGCAUAUCUCAAUUAGAAUUGGUUGUAAAAGAAAUUUCAGAUGCCGAAAAAGCGAAAGAACAACGCAAAGAAAAUAAACGUUUGAAAAAGAAAAAGAGAAAGGAAAUAAAAGCUAAACAAAAUGAAGAAAAAUCACAGCUGGAGCAGAAAACAGCAGCUCAAGAAGAACACGAAGAAAAACGUUGUACGGAUACAAAUGGAGUCGUAGAGAAUGGUGGCGAGUACGCUGAAUCGGUCGACAGUGAAAAAUCACUCGAAAGCCCUCGCAAAAUUGAAGGUAGCGAACUCGAAAGUUCUACUGAUACGCAUAGUGACACAAGUAGCAUACAAAACGGUGCGUCACUGUGCGAUUCCAACGAUGAAAGAAUCUCCUCCACACCUCAACAUUGUGCCGAUUCUUUGUCACUCCCUCAGUCUCACCAGGACUCUAAUCCAACCCCUGUUGGUAAAUGUUUUUGUAAUACCAGUUCUAACUCAGUGUGUAAGAAUUGUUUACAAGCUCAAGCUAAAGCUAAUGUGUCGCAUAAGAAGCACCCAACCGGUUCAAAAAGCUCCUAUAUUACAUGUCAUUCAAAGGACUUUAGUAAUAAUGGCUCAACAGACGGGUAUAUCAAGUCGUAUACUGAAGUCUGCAAUAAGAAAACGCAUUCUUGUAACCCAACUGACGAAAGCACUAAGUAUCACUCAAACACAGGUAAAUCCACUGGAGCAUGUAAAUGUGAUAGUGGUUCUGGUAGUAAACCACAGAAGAAAAACGGUUAUUCUCAUCACCACCAGGAAUAUCGGGGCGGAGGGCAGUAUAAACUGUACAACGGCUACAAAAGAAAUGGUUAUAAUGACUGCAACAGGGGGUGUUCUAAUGUUGGGCCAAGGUUUAAUCGUUACGAUGAUCAAAACAGAUGGAAAGGUGAUCAUACGGAGUAUCAGGGCGAGAUGUAUGACAAAGUACAUACUGUUAAUGGUAAUGUACAAGGCCGUGGAAGAGGAAAACGAAAGGGACACAAUAAACACAAGGACGAAUGGAACGGAAGAAAUGAUCAACGCCAUGAUUACAAACCGUCAUGGGAAACGACGACACAAGAGACAAACAUACUUGCUGGUAAUAUGGGAGUUGAAGAUGAAGGCGAACUCAGACUAUUAAAAAUGAUGGGUUGGAAUACUGACGACUCUCUAAGCAUAUCAGAGCAAGAAAUUCGUGAGUUUUCUGCUAACCGACCCGAUGUGCAAACACGAAGAGAGGAGUUACGCGAUAAAUUGCGCGAGCAGUUUGAUAAGUUAUGUGUCAACAAAAUCUACUCUUCUUGUACAAUAAAUAAUUAGCUGUGUUUUUUGUGUCCCUUGUACGUGUGCGUAUGUGUGUGCGUGUAAUUUUCAUGUUUUGCUGCUUCCGAACGCAUAAUGAAAAUUUUUGAGCUUUCUCAUCCUAAGAUCACUUUCUAAAAUGACAGAAACUGAGAAUGUGAAGUAAGAGACAUUAUUGCAAUUGAGGACUUUAUUUUUUGCUGCAAUAAAAACUUUCAUAAAUUAAGAGACAUCUCAAGAAUAAACGUAGAAUAUUUAGAUUUCAGUAUUGUACUGGUUCCUAUUCCCUCUCAGUGAUUUUAUCUUCUUAUAUUUUUAAUAGGUUGUUAAUAAAGAGUAGAAUAGGAAGAAAAGAUUAUCUAACUUCUGCAAGCGUCUUUUAUCAGAGUGAGGAUAGGAAUGUUAUUCUUUUUUGAAAGUUCGCCAACUCCUCUCAUCAGCUUUGCCUAACAUUUUAUAAUAACAAGGUGGAGGAGGAUUCACCACUGGCGUAGCGUUUUAUUAGUUGGAGCUCAAUGUUGUGUGUUUUUGCGUCAAUCUCACUUGCUCUGUUUUAUAUUGUUGGAAGCACGUCGUCGUAAAUUUGUGUUGAUGAAUGAAUACAAUUAGUUCUGUACAGUACAAGUGUAAGCUUUUUUUGAUUUUUUUAAAAAAAUAUAUUUUGUGAAAUUCCA